AUGCGUCCAAUUGCAAUCGCCUCCUCUCUCCUCCUGGUCGUGCUAUCCACGACUUGGGCUAUGCCAACAAUGGAGGAUGCCACCCCCUACAAGCGCUCGAUGGAGGACGCGACUCCCUACAAGCGGUCCAUGGAGGACGCCACUCCUUACAAGCGGUCCAUGGAGGAUGCCACCCCCUACAAGCGAUCCAUGGAGGAUGCCACCCCCUACAAGCGCUCGAUGGAGGACGCGACUCCCUACAAGCGGUCCAUGGAGGACGCGACCCCCUACAAGCGAUCCAUGGAGGAUGCCACCCCCUACAAGCGCUCGAUGGAGGACGCGACUCCCUACAAGCGGUCCAUGGAGGAUGCCACCCCCUACAAGCGCUCGAUGGAGGACGCGACUCCCUAUUAA